AUGGCGUUUAUCUCCCAAAAGGCUGAUUUUACUCUUCCACUUGUAGUCUUAAUCAGUGUCUCUGCGAUGUUCUCUUCAUCCCUUGCUGCUACCGAGGAAGCAAAUUCUCUGUUAAAGUGGAAAGCCAGCCUUGCAAAGCAAAGCAAAGCCAUCUUGUCUUCUUGGAAUGGCACUGAUCCUUGCAGUCAUUGGACAGGAAUUGCUUGUGAUGAAUCCAUGUCAGUUUUUGACAUCAGUGACAAUGAGUUUUCUGGAACUAUUCCCACCCAAAUUGGUAACUUGUCCAGUAUUUGUACAUUGAGUAUGACUCAUAAUUUCUUGAGUGGUUUCAUCCCUUCAGAAAUAGGGCAGUUGACUACUCUGAAUCAGCUUUUUUUGGGUGCAAAUAUUCUCAUCGGGCAAAUUCCCAAAGAAAUUGGGAGCUUGAGGGAUUUGAAAAAUUUAUCCCUUCACUCAAAUCAUUUGUCUAGUCCCAUUCCUUUUGAAUUCGAGAAUCUCUAUUCUCUCACAGGUUUGGAUUUUUCAAACAACAACUUGUAUGGCCCAAUACCAGCCUUCAUUGGAAACUUCACAAAUCUCACUUGGUUAAACUUGGGUUCCAACAGAUUUUCAGGAUCAAUCCCACCCUUUUUCGGAGACUUGGUCAAUUUACAAAACCUCUACCUUGGAAAUAACUCUUUUACUGGACCUAUUCCCCGUGAAUUUGAGAAUCUCUAUUCUCUCAUUGGUUUGGGUUUAUCAGCAAGCAACUUGUGUGGGACAAUACCACCCUUCAUUGGAAACUUGACAAAACUCACUGGGUUAGGCUUGAGCGCCAACAAACUUUCGGGAUACAAUAAACUUUCGGGAUCAAUCCCAUCCUUAAUGGGAAACUUAGUCAAUUUAGAAUUACUCUACCUCGGUAAAAACUCUCUUUCUGGACCUAUUACCUACGAAUUCAGGAAUCUCAAUUCUCUCAUUGAAUUGCAAUUGUCAGAAAACAACUUGUAUGGGCCAAUACCACCCUUCAUUGGAAACUUCACAAAUCUAACUAGGUUAGGCUUGAGCGCCAACAAACUUUUGGGAUCAAUCCCAAGCUCAAUGGGAAACUUGGUCAAUUUAGAAGAACUUUACCUUGACUUUAACUCUCUUUCUGGACCUAUUCCCUCUACCAUCGAAAAUCUAAAAAUGCUCAAGCACCUAUUUUUAGGAGUCAACAAGCUCAACGGGAGAUUUCCAAUAGAGAUGAAUAAUCUUACUUACUUGAUUAGAAUGGAAAUUCCUAAGAAUGAUUUGACUGGCUAUCUGCCUUAA